GUUAUAUUGAGUGUGGCACUUAGUUUAUAUAUUUUAGCCACUAACGAAUUUGACGUUUUACUAACUAACCGGUAGCAGUCUAUGCCACAUUGUUGUUACGUUACGUGUGCCGUUUUAAAGCUUGAAAACACACCACAGCUUUCGAUAGUUUGUUUAUUCAUAUUGUGACGCCGUACAUUGCCCGGUAAAAUGAGACUUCUGCACUGCCCGCUCAUCCGCCACAUUACUACGACCCACUGUUGCCUGUGUCACCCCAAGACUGUGUCCAAGUCCUUAUGCAGACCAUGGCGGGCUGUGAGCACAGCUUUGAACCAACACAUUAAUGACCUCAGCGGGGCCGAGCAGAGGUUGCUGAAUAAACUCUACACGGGCCUCAUCGGAGGUCAGCGAGCUUCUCUGGCCGAGUCCAUCACGUUGGUGGAGACGCAGCAUCCACGGAAGAAGGAGUUGGCCCAGGUGCUGCUACAGAGGGUGCUGGCCUACAAGGGGGAGCAGGAGAGCUGCAAUGGUGGCAAGCCGGUUGCCUUCAGAGUAGGUCUCUCAGGUCCUCCGGGAGCCGGGAAGUCGACGUUCAUCGAAGUGGUGGGCAAAAUGCUGACGGGACGUGGACAUAAAGUGUCAGUGCUGGCAGUUGACCCAUCGUCCUGCACAACAGGAGGUUCCCUCAUGGGUGAUAAGACCCGCAUGACCGAGCUCUCCCGCGACAUGAACGCCUUCAUCCGGCCGUCGCCCACGUCGGGGACACUCGGCGGCGUCACCAGGACAACCAACGAAGCCGUAGUCCUCUGCGAGGGGGCCGGUUACGACAUCGUCCUCGUGGAGACUGUGGGUGUCGGUCAGUCAGAAUUUGCAGUGGCGGACAUGGUUGACAUGUUUGUGUUGCUAAUUCCGCCAGCAGGAGGCGACGAACUGCAGGGCAUCAAGAGGGGCAUCAUCGAAAGGGCUGACCUGGUGAUCGUGACCAAGUCCGAUGGAGACCUAGUGGUACCAGCCAGGAGGAUCCAGGCCGAAUACACCAGCGCUAUGAAGCUGCUCCGGCGGCAGUCCAAGUCCUGGAACCCCAAGAUACUCCAGAUAGAUGCAGCAAUAUCACAAGGAAAUGUGGGAUCUUACGGCUCCAGAUCGGCAAUUUUGCAGAGUCUCUGUGUGAAAGCAGUGAUGGGAGAAAAAAAAGAGGAGAUAAACACGUGGAAGUGAGCGCGCAGUGGAGCAACAACAACAAAAAAACGGCGGGAGAGGGUUUGCUGGGAGCUCCCGCCGACGCGAGCUCAUGUCUAAGCAGCUUUCCUCAGUCGGCUGGGUCGCGACGGGUCACAGCGGGAUUACACUUUUGGCAAACAAGCGGGAGCUCCUCUCUCUCUCUCAGACUCCCCCGUGACGGCACAUAACCGUAAUAAAGCCGCGCACCUGCUAACAAAAAAAAGAGCUAACGCGCAAUCGGUCCACGACGGCCGAGAUGCUGUCAAAAAGGCUUCUUUGUGGAGACCUGAGAUGAAAAAACUUAGCGGAGAAAUUUCUCGAUUAGUCGCCACCUCUGACGGACAGGAUAUUGCGUUAUAGCUAACCAAAAAAAAAAAACUCCAUCCAUCCAUAAAUACAUUUCUUUUACAAAAUAAUAAAAAUGUAAACUCAAUGUUUUUUUCUAAUAUUAAUUAUAUAGCCCUUCAUCUUCUUUAUUUGUGUAAUGUCUUACAGAUAAACUAAUACAAAAAUUCUUUAUUGAUCUAUUGAAACCAUUUCUGUGUCCAAAUCGGGUGCAAAUGGCCUCAUUAGUAUUCCAUUCACUUGUUAAAAAAAAAAAAAACGUGGAGCUGUCUCAAGAGUCGUCGUCCGUGUAGCUAACACGCAUGUUUUAGAAUAUGUUGGGAUAGCAUAGCGCCCAAGGUAACAUUCGCCUAGCGGGAAAGCUAAUGUGAAUGAACCCGCUGCAAAGGAAGCAAGCGCUCCUGUCCAAGGUGUUCCAUAGCCGCAGGGGCUAACGCUGAUGAAUGACUCCCUUAAUGUCGCCAAACACUUUAUCUCUGCUUCAUCUGUUUUCAUUAGGCAGUGCUGACCUUUGGCUGGCCAGGAACGUGCAAGUGUCGGCUCACGAGUGAACGAUUCGUUCAAAAGAACAAAUGUUUUCAGUGAACGAGAGUGAACAAAUACCUCCCUAAAGUGAUUCGUUCCUUUUCCAGGUCAUAUGACUUCAACCAGUAGAUGUCGCGGUGGUGCGUUUACGGGCAGUCGGAGAAAUCAACGCCAACAAAAAGAAAUUACAUCCAGCCUAGUUAAGACCAUACCAAAGACUAUAAAAAUGGGACCCAUUGCCUCCCUGGGUGUGUGACGAUCAUUGGGACUUAAAAAAAAUAAAUUAAAAAAAAUAAUUAAAAAUUAAAAAAAAUUCAUAAAAAUUGGGUGCGUAUUAUACAUGGGUACAGGCUUUUUUUCCAGCAUCAGCAUGCCAUUUUUAGGGUGCGUAUUAUACAUGGGGGCGCAUUAUACACGGAAAAAAACGGUAUCUACUGCAUUUUCACAUUAGAUUGCUGGUUUGAAAUUUACUUUUAUUAUUAUUAUUUUAAUAAGCAUUAAAACCUGUUAAAAUUU